CCCGGGGCGGAGCGCGGCGCGAUCGCGUCCCGUCGCCCAGCAACGCUCAGUGCCCCGAGCCAUGUCCGGCCCCGACCCCGGCCUGCCCGGCCGCUUCCGACAGCCCGCCUUCUACCGCGGCUACGGGCAGCCGGCGCCGCACCCCCGGUUCCGCACCACCAACCAGACCUACGGCAGCAGGGCCCCCACGGUGCACGAGCUGCCGACCUGCUUCCGCGUCAUCUCGCACAAGUUUUCGGAUCAUCUGGGCAAGGCUGGCAUGUACAGGAACAACAGCCUCAACACCUCGCUGGAGAAGAGCUACUGCACGGGCCCCGACACCUUCAUCACCGCCUACGAGCACAUGGACUUCCACCCCAGCUACAACCCCAGCGGGCCCUCGCACUGCAGGAACCUGAGCUAGGGAGGGAGGGACACCAGGGAGCCACCGCGGCUUCUCCCGGUGGGGAAACCACGCACAGCUGAGAGGAAACCCACUGAUUCACAGAACGAAUGUUAUUGUUAAUAACAUAUAUUGUUAUAUAUGUUAAUUUAUAAAGAUUUAGUGUGGUUAAACGUCAGUUAAAUGGCUCAUAGGAGCCGUCUCGCUUAGUUUAUAGGCAGCAUAUAAAUCCUAGAACAACAUAUAUCCCCUUAACCUCUUCUCUGUCGCUAAUGAUCCUUUAAAUUCUUGGCUCAUGUACCGCAUAUAAUUAAAAAUUAAGAUUUAAACUGCUUCUCUACUAUUCAAUGAAUAACCGAUCUGCAAGUUUUCCAGAGGUAUUCAUUAACCUUUUGGAUUGCUUGUAGAAAGUUAAUGCUUCUUCUAUCUCACAACUACAAAGCUUUAAGGAAUUAUUCAAAUAACGACAAGUAAUCAAAAAGAAAACGUUUUCUUAGGUUUUAUUGUAACAACUGUAGUUACAGCCAGUGAAACUGCACUGUCCAACUGCACUAAAGGAACACCUUUACAUUUUUAGCUUAAAAACUAGUUUUGAAGAAAAACUGCUCUGCCUGUUUAUGGAUGAGAAACAGUCCCAUGUUACAGGUGUAACACAGGGAUAGUAUCCAUUAAAAAUGAACAUAAUGCUA